UUCUCAUUGGCUAAAGUCGAGAGCGGGGCGGUGUCUCACCAUCCUCCGGGUCCUUCGUGGGUUGAUGGGAGAGCCGGCCCUUGCCCCGCCCCUUAGGCUAACGCUCUUCGUUUAAACACAAAGUUGAGGACAGGGCGGUCGUUUACUCCGUAGGCCUUGGGGCCUCCCCUCGGGCUGUUUGCUCCCAGAGGUCUUCGAGUCUCGCUGAGCCCAGGGAUUUAGAGAGACGCGAGCGGUGAGGGGGCCCGGAACGUUCCUUCGCGGAACCAUUGAGACGAGGCCCCAGGGAGCGCGUGGAGGAACGGACCGCGGCGGCCGGCCAGACGGGCAGGGAUGGCGGCGGGGGCGGCCGACGCGGGGUCGGGGGCCGCGAUCCCCGUGGAGCUGCGGCGCGAGCGGCGCCUGGUGUGCGUGGAGUACCCGGGCGUGGUGCGCGACGUGUCCAAGAUGCUGCCGACUCUGGGGGGCGAGGAAGGCGUCUCCCGGAUCUAUGCAGACCCCACCAAGAGGCUGGAGCUGUACUUCCGGCCCGAGGACCCCUACUGCCACCCCGUGUGCGCUAACCGCUUCAGUACCAGCAGCCUGCUGCUCCGAGUCCGGAGGAAGACAAGGCGGCAGAAGGGGGUGCCAGGGCCCGAGUCCCACCCCAAGGUCACGUUCGACGUGGAGAUCCUUGGCACUGUCUCCACCGUUUACAAAUUUCAAGGAAUGUCCGACUUCCAGUACUUGGCCGUGCACACGGAGGCGGGUGGCAAGCACACGUCGAUGUAUGACAAAGUGCUCAUGCUCAAGCCUGAGAAGGAGAGUUUCUUCCACCAAGAGCUGCCACUCUACAUCCCGCCACCCAUCUUCUCAAGGCUGGACACCCCGGUGGACUACUUCUAUCGACCAGAAACACAGCACCGGGAAGGCUACAACAACCCCCCCAUCUCAAGCGAGAACCUCAUUGGUCUGAGCAGGGCCCGGCGCCCCCACAACGCCAUCUUUGUCAACUUCGAGGAGGAUGAAGUGCCUAUGCAGCCACUGGAGGCUGCCGUCCAGACGUGGAGGAAGGUGUGCACCAACCCCGUGGACCGGAAGGUGGAGGAGGAGCUGAGGAAGCUGUUUGACAUCCGUCCCAUCUGGUCACGUAAUGCCGUCAAGGCCAACAUCAGCGUCCACCCUGACAAGCUCAAGGUCUUGCUGCCUUUCAUGGCUUAUUACAUGAUAACAGGUCCCUGGAGAAGCCUGUGGAUUCGGUAUGGGUACGACCCCCGCAAACACCCGGAAGCCAAGAUGUAUCAGGUCCUUGACUUCCGAAUCCGCUGUGGGAUGAAAUACGGUUAUGCCCACAGCGACAUGCCCGUCAAGGCCAAGCGCAGCACCUACAACUACAGCUUCCCUGUCACCAUCAAAAAGACGCCCAGCCAGGUUGUCAGCAUGCGUGAUCUGAAGCAGGGCCUGGGCCCGUCGGGGACGGCCAGCGCACGGAAAUCGGCCUCCAACAAGUACAAGCUCAAGGACUCUGUCUACAUCUUCCGGGAGGGGGCCUUGCCACCGUACCGACAGAUGUUCUACCAGUUAUGUGACUUGAAUGUGGAAGAGUUGCAGAAGAUCAUUCACCGCAAUGACGGGGCCGAGGAUUCUUGCACAGAGCGGGAUGGGUGGUGCCUCCCCAAGACCAGCGACGACCUGAGGGAUGCCAUGACCCUCAUGAUCCGGCAGACCAUCCGUUCCAAGAGGCCUGCUCUCUUCUCCAGCCCGACCAAGGCUGACGGUGGGAAAGAGCAGCUGACGUACGAGUCUGGGGAAGAUGAAGAGGAGGACGAGGAGGAGGAGGAGGAGGACUUCAAGCCGUCAGAUGGGAGUGAGAACGAGAUGGAGACGGAGAUUCUGGACUACGUGUGACGCGGCCCUGGGCCCAAGGCUGGGCCUCCCUGACCAGGCGAGACUGGUGUCCGGCCUGAUGAGAGAGCCAGGACAAGCCAGGGCUCCCUGGUGCUGCCCACAGGAGCCAGAACGGCCCUAGGAGGCCC